UGUGUAUGUAUGUAGACACACGGGGCAAAGUUUACUGCCCACUCUGGAUUUCACAGCGUAUCUCUCCGUCAGAGCACGCAGACGGGCUCCAGCAGAGACAGCAGCGUGUCAGCGGGCUGUGCGCAGCAUGUAGUCGCUGUGUGGUGGAUACAUUCUGUCAGCUUUGUGCAUCACAGGUGUUCUCCUACCUGUUCUCACUCUGCCCCUCUCUACACGGACCCGUCUGCCUGUGACCCGCCACCAUGGGGGGAAAUCUGGGCUGUCAUCGCUCCAUCCCCAGGGACCCCACUGACCUCAGCUGCGGGAAGCGCAAAUUCAGUGCGGCAUGCAAUUUCAGCAACAUCCUGGUCAACCAUGAGCGGCUCAACAUAAACACGGCCACCGAGGAGGAGCUCAUGACUCUGCCGGGAGUCAACCGCACUGUUGCGCAGAACAUCGUGGAGUACCGGGACUGCAUCGGCGGCUUCAAAAAGGUGGAGGACCUCGCUCUGGUGAGUGGGAUCGGAGCCACCAAGCUGGAGGCGAUCAAGUUGGAAAUCUGCGUCUCCUCCAGGACCAACUCGUCCCAGCAUUCGCCAUCGUCGUUGCGCAAAGACCUUGACCAUCAGUCCUGCACCGGCAUCAACAUCAACACAGCCACCGCGGCGCAGCUUUUGAGUAUCCGGGGCCUGACGGAGAAAAUAGUCAAGAACAUAGUGUCCUACAGGACAGAGCACGGCCCGUUCAGGAACAUCGAGGACUUGGUGAGGGUCAAUCAGAUCAACAGCUCACUCCUGGACAAAAUCCGCUUCCAGGUGUACGUGGAGCGCUCCAGGGCGCCCUCAACCAACACCAACGGAGGACUGACCAGUACCACAAAGUCCCAACCGAGCCCCACUUCUUUCAGUCUCCAAAGUGACGACCUCGAGCUCCCUCCGGGUGGUCCCGCACAGAUCAUCUCUGUGCGACCGAACGUGGAGCCGCCGCUCGGGUUGCGGGACGGGAAGCCCGUGGUGCGCCUGGCGACGUGGAGCCUGCAGGGCUGCUCCUGCGAGAAGGCCAACAACCCGGGGGUCAGGGAGGUGGUGUGCAUGACCCUGCUGGAGAAUGACAUCAAGAUAUUGGCAGUACAGGACCUACUGGAGCGGGAGGCUCUGGAUAAGUUCUGUGUGGAGUUAAACCAAGGGAUACUGGCCAGUGUACGGAAGUGGAAAUGUCCCAAGGGUGUGUGGAAAAGUAUUGUGUCUGAAAAGCCCACUGGAUGCUCCAGCAAGGGAGUAAGUUUCUCUGGCUUUCUGUGGGACAGCUCGUCUGGAAUCGAUCUGAAGGAUGCUGUGGUCCUGGACCGUCCUGUUGUCAACGGCAACGGAAAUAAUGCACACCCUCAGCUGUACAUGGCUCACUUUUUAGUUGGUUCUGUGGAGCUGACGGUGGUGAACGUCCAAAUGCAGAGCACAACCUCAGCAGGAGAGUCCAACAGUAAAAACCACCAGUCAGGAGAAGACAAAGGUCAGCACCUCUGUCUCAGCUUUCAGGAAACGCUCAAAGGGGAGAAGGAGUUGGUUGUCCUGGGAGACUUUGGCUCCUCUCCACAGAGCACUGAGUUCGACAUACUGAGGAAGGAGAAGCUCUGUGCCUUAGUACCUUCCAACCAGUUCACCAACAUCAGCACCCGCUGUCCUCAGGGCACCCUCUGCCUGGACAACAUCUGGAUCAGCCGCUCUCUCAAGAAGAUCUACUCAGGUCACUGCAUGGUAGUGCGCGAGGGCUUGACUAAUCCCUGGAUCCCAGAUAACUGGUCAUGGGGUGGCAUGGCAUCGGAUCACUGCCCGGUGGUGGCUGAGUUUUACGCCGACCUGUCUUCUAAGGAAAUGAACAGACCUGCCAUGGCAGUGGUGGACAGAGGAGACACGAUGUCCAAACAUGAGCGAUGACAGUAGUUACAGUGAAGAGGGCAGGUGGGCCUCCAUGGAUCCUGCUGGAGCAGAGUUUCCCCAUGAAUGUGAAGAAGUGCAGAGAGGCCUUCUGGGUUUCAAUAUCUAUUGUAGUAACUAAUGAGUCAUUAAGCCAUAAAAAUGUUCAAAUAUAUAUAGACAAUGUACUUUAAAAAGAAAUGUGCCAAACAUUUUCUAUGUGUAAAUAAAAUAAAGAGAAAAUAUUAGAUCUUUA